UUUCCGCUGGAGGACUACAUGAGAAAAAAUGUUGUGACCCGACCCGAAUGUGGGUGACGGAACGUAGGGUUAGGGGGUAGGGUUAACAUAAACGAAAUCGGCGUAGAAAGAGGAAUGAACAUCAGGGUUACAAAAUGCUGAGAAGAAAGCCAACCAAAAUCGAAGCCAAGAUCGAAGACAAAGAAGAACUCGAGGAAGCUCGCCGCCGCAACGCUUCAGCCACCACCACCGCCCCCGCUGGCACCGCCGCUCUUCUCCGUCAGCUGGAUCGCGGCGGCGAAGAUCCCUCUUUCCAGGCGCAUCGCAUCGGCCUCUCCUCGUAAAACCCUCUCCAUACUUUCUUCCCUAAUGGAGGUCGAAGUCAAGCUGUGCCUCGCCGACUCCAACGCCCACCGACACGUCACCACCCUGCUCUCCCCCUUUCACGUAGUCACCCACCGCCAGCAGAACCUCUUCUUCGACGGCGCCGCCUCCGAGCUCUCCGCGCGCCGCGCCGUCCUCCGCCUCCGCUUCUACGGUGACGACGAGCGGUGCGUCGCUUCGCUGAAGGCGCGGGCGGUGCUAGUGGACGGCGUGAGCCGCGUGGAGGAGGACGAGGAGGAUCUGGACCCGAGGAUCGGGCGCGCAUGCGUGGCGGAGCCGGCGAAGUUAGGGUCGGUGGAGUCUAGGGUUUUGGGGAGGGUGAAAGAGGAAUUCGGAACUGAAAAGGGGCUAGUGGGGCUGGGGGGGUUUGGGAAUUUGAGGAGUGUGUAUGAUUGGAAGGGGUUGAAAUUGGAGGUGGAUGAGACCAAGUUUGACUUUGGAACCCUCUAUGAGAUUGAAUGUGAAAGUUCUGAUCCUGAAGGAGCUAAACGCCUCCUCGAGGAAUUCUUGAAGGAGAAUGAAAUCAAUUAUUCUUACUCCACUGCUUCCAAGUUCGCCAUCUUUCGAUCUGGGAAACUACCUUAGGAGGAUAAUGUUAGCUAACAGUGGGGUUUGUCAAUCCCAACCGAUUUGUUUCUUGGAUGUUCCUCCCCCUGCUCUGGAUGCUCUCUUGUCAAGGGAUUGUCCUGAGUUGUCUUUGUUAUUUUUCACUAGACGCAAAAAAUAUAUAUAAAAAAAUCAUAAAUAGAAUAUCUCUUUUCUGAAUUAAGAGCUAGCUAGGGAACAAUUAUUUCUCAAUUCACUUGUUUUUGUUGUAAAAAAGUUUUUCUUUUGUGAGCUGUAAAAAAGUUCGUUUGCAAAUAUAAGUUGUAUAUUUCUGAUAAUA